UAAUGCAAAUGCGCUGUUUUGAAUGGAAGAUAACAAUAACAAAAGUAGUUGUUGAGCGUAUGAGCGACUUUAAUUUCAUGUUUACACACGUUUCAGAAACAGCGAAUGGCGUCGGCUUUACUGUCACCAAUGGUGGAUUAUUAUAACGACGAAGAGGAGCUGGACAGCGUGGAUGAGGACGAUGACCGGAGUUUCAGAGGGAGAGACUCGGAAGAAGACACUGAGGACGCCAGUGAAACAGACCUGGCCAAACACGACGAGGACGACUAUGUGGAACUCAAAGAACAGAUGUACCAAGACAAACUGGCAUCAUUAAAAAGGCAGCUGCAACAACUCCAAGAAGGCACUCUGCAGGAGUAUCAGAAGAGGAUGAAGAAACUCGAUCAGCAGUAUAAAGAGAGGCUCCGUAAUGCAGAUCUCUUCCUCCAACUUGAGACGGAGCAGGUGGAGAGAAACUACAUCAAAGAGAAGAAAGCAGCGGUGAAGGAGUUCGACGACAAGAAAGUGGAGCUGAAGGAGAAUUUAAUCGCAGAGCUGGAGGAGAAGAAGAAGAUGAUCGAGAACGAGAAGUUAACCAUGGAGCUGACGGGAGAUUCCAUGGAGGUGAAGCCCAUCAUGACCCGUAAGCUGAGAAGGCGACCCAAUGAUCCCGUCCCCAUCCCAGAUAAACGCAGGAAACCUGCUCCAGCUCAGCUAAACUAUUUACUCACAGAAGAGCAAAUCAUGGAGGACCUGAGGACACUAAACAAGCUCAAGUCGCCAAAAAGACCAGCCUCCCCCUCUUCUCCCGAACACCUCCCAACCACCCCCAUGGAAAGCCCGACUCAGCGCUACGAGGCUCGGAUAGAAGAUGGAAAGCUCUACUAUGAUAAAAGAUGGUACCAUAAGAGUCAGGCCAUCUAUCUGGAGUCGAAGGACAACACGAAGAUCAGCUGCGUCAUCAGUUCUGUAGGAACCAGUGAGAUCUGGGUGAGGAAGACUAGCGACAGUACGAAGAUGAGGAUUUAUUUAGGCCAGCUCCAGCGCGGUGCUUUCAUCAUCAGACGCCGUUCAGCAGUGUAGAGACGCUUUCUCUCUUCAUCCUACGUUCACUCUUCUCUUCAUCUUGUCGUAUUUGUCUCUCCAUCUCUCUCGGACAUAUUGCAGAGAAGUAAAAACUCUGUUCACUCCUCUCUACUCGCUAAGCCCGUGUGUUCAAAAGCAUCGAGACUCUAUGAAAUUCCUCAACGUUUUAUUCUUCUUUCACAGUCAUGUUUCUGUACGGACAUGUUCUCCUGAAAGAGUGACCACUCAUUAAAUGGAAGGAGAUGAGGACAAA